CGGAAAUAUCAGCUUGAUUUCAAUUUUGGAAUUUAAACAAAAACGUAUGUUAUCAGAAAAUGGUAAUGAUAGCCAUCAGUUAUUAUCAAAUUAACAUUAAUAUUUGAUCAACAGUGUGUGAAUAGCACUGGUAGCAGAAUGAAGAAUUCCACGGACGUUUUAGAUUAUAAUCAGACAGAGAGCAUAGACGAAUUGAACGACCGAUAUGCGAGAGCAUUGCUUCCGCUUACAAUAGCGUUUGGCUUCUUUGUCGUUUUUGGAUUCUUUGGAAACCUUAUAAUUUUACUCGUUUUCUCUUUGAGUCGGGAUUACAAGCGGAAUAACUUCAAAGUGUUCGUCCUGACCCUAGCUGUGAUAGACAUGGUGAUAUGUGUAACUUUGAUACCGGCUGAGAUGGUGAAACAGAGGAAAUACUUCGAAUUUGGGGAUGUGGUCACAUGCAAGGUAAAAUGCUUUUUCAACGUGUUUGGGGCUACUUCCUCGUGUCUCGCCCUCUUGGUCAUCUCAAUAGAUAGGUUUAGAAAGGUAGUAAAGCCAUUCAAGAAACAAAUGUCACCAGCGAUUGCAGUACGAAUUUUGGGAGUGGUUGCUUGUGUAUUCCCUAUACUUUUAGCUAUACCCGGAACUAUUAUGUGUGGAAUAAAAACAACAAACAUGACAAAUAUACAUGGAGGAAACACCACCAUUCAUCUAUGUGAAACGGAAGAAAAGUUCAAGAAAUCCAUAUGGAGAACAGUCUACAAAUUCAUACUCCUUGUUUUACUGAUCGGAAUUUCUGUAACGUAUAUAGUAUUGUAUACAUUUGUGAUGAAAGAAGCUGCGAAACAAAUAAAAGCUAUAUCCAUGCAGCGCAAUAAUUCAUCGUAUGAAACUGUGUUAAGUUCCGGGAUUUAUAAUCAAAAUACUGUUGUUCACGAAACACCAGAGGCAGGUCAUAAAUACAUGGGGACAAAUGAACACGGAGGAAGUAACGUCUCAAUACCCAAUCAAAUUAAAAACGGAUCACUCUCAAAUGGAUCACUUCAGAAUUGGGUUUCAAACCACAGAAAGAGCAUUAAACAGAGUAUCAGAAUAAGUGGUCGAGCACAGAGAACCAAACAAUUUCCCACAAAGACCUUUAUUUGGUUUAUAUUGACUAUUGUGUUUAUUGUUACGUAUGUUACGCAUAAUUUAAUGACUUUGAAAGUUGAAAAGAUUGUCAGUAUGUCACCAAGUGAAUUCACGCUGUUUUCGUUUUUCUUUCGUAUAUAUUUCUUAAAUCAUGCUAUUAAUCCAGUUGUGUAUGCUAUAUUUGUCAAAAGGUUUAGGACCUCUUGCAGAAAUAUGCUUCCUAUUUUGUUAUCAAAACUGAGACAAUGUUGUAUAAGAUAGCAUGUUUUUAUUAUAAUUGUGUGUUUUUUUUAUUCUGUGAUUUAAAACCUGUCAAACAACAUUAUGGUCGGAGCCAUUUCCCUACCUGAUUUGACUGUCGAGUCGCUGCGAUAAAUGAGGUUUUGACGAUAUAAAGUAUUAAAUACUUUUCUUGCAUUCUUUGAUAGAAGCCAAAAUACAAGAAUUGCGAGAAAUGCAUGAAAUUAAUCGCUCUGAAACGUCAACAUAUAAUAGUUGCCGUUCUGUUUUGGUGGAACAAUUAUAUUUUAACUGGAUUAUGAAAUAAAAUAGCGCUUUUUGAACUGACUAUAAUUUUAGCACAAUAAGUCUUUUCUAUAUUUUGUAGUAUCAACGUGUAACAGUAUUAUUGCAAAUAAAAUGAAAAUCAAACUAUAUUAUUCGAUGAGUAUAAUCGCACAUUUACAAAGGAUAUCUGCCGUGUACUUUUACCGAUAUCAAUCGAG